AUGACAAUACAGGGAGUAACUGAAGAUGAAGAAGGAAAAUAUUACUGUCAGCAGUACAUAGAGCUCCCUCUCACACAGUGA